AUGAGUGACCUCCAAGCAAAAAAAGAUGUGGCGGUUGGGGAUAGACAGUCUUCUUCCUCGUCGAUGGUUCUUGAUGGGCCAUCGCCGCUAAGAAAGAUGAUAUCGGUGGCUUCUAUCGCCGCCGGUAUUCAGUUUGGUUGGGCUCUUCAGCUAUCUCUGCUAACUCCAUACGUUCAGCUUCUCGGAGUCCCACAUAAAUGGUCAUCUUUCAUAUGGCUCUGUCUCUGUGGUCCUAUCUCCGGCUUGCUUGUCCAGCCAUCCGUUGGUUACUUCAGCGACAGAUGCAAGUCAAGAUUCGGUCGUCGUCGUCCUUUCAUCGCCACGAGUGCCUUGCUUGUCGCCCUUGCUGUUAUACUAAUCGGAUUCGCGGCUGAUUUCGGGCACACCAUGGGAGACAAACUCGACGAAGCUGUCAAGAUGCGAGCCGUUGGUUUCUUCGUUGUCGGUUUCUGGAUCCUUGACGUGGCUAACAACACUCUUCAAGGACCUUGUCGCGCUUUUCUUGGUGAUUUAGCAGCUGGAGACGCUAAGAAAACGCGAACAGCAAACGCAAUUUUCUCUUUUUUCAUGGCCGUUGGAAACGUUUUGGGAUACGCUGCAGGAUCGUACACUAACCUCCACAAGAUCUUCCCUUUCACGGUGACUAAAGCAUACGACAUCUAUUGCGCAAAUCUCAAGAGCUGUUUCAUCAUUUCCAUCACUCUCCUUCUAGUCGUCACCAUCAUAGCUCUUUGGUACGUGGAAGACAAGCAAUGGUCGCCAAAGGCAGACUCUGAGAAUGAUAAAACUCCGUUCUUCGGCGAGAUCUUUGGAGCUUUCAAGGUGAUGAAACGUCCAAUGUGGAUGCUAUUAAUCGUCACGGCCUUGAACUGGAUCGCGUGGUUCCCUUUUCUUUUAUACGAUACAGAUUGGGUGGGUGGUGAAGUGUACGGUGGAGACUCAAAAGGAGAUGACAAAAUGAAGAAACUAUACAACCAAGGAAUUCAAGUUGGUUCGUUGGGAUUGAUGCUUAACUCUAUCGUUCUUGGAUUCAUGUCGCUCGGUAUUGAAGGGAUUAGUAAGAAAAUGGGAGGAGCUAAAAGGCUUUGGGGAGCUGUGAAUAUCAUCCUUGCCGUGUGUUUGGCAAUGACGGUUUUGAUUACUAAAAAGGAGGAGGAGCACCGGAGAAUCGCCGGUCCGAUGGCCCUUCCUACCGAUGGCAUCAGAGCUGGAGCAUUAACUCUCUUUGCUCUUCUUGGAAUUCCUCUUGCUAUUACAUUCAGUAUUCCGUUUGCACUAGCUUCCAUAAUCUCAAGCAGCUCCGGCGCCGGUCAAGGACUAUCUCUAGGAGUUUUAAACAUGGCAAUAGUGAUUCCACAAAUGAUUGUAUCGUUUGGAGUUGGUCCUAUUGAUGCAUUAUUUGGAGGUGGAAACUUACCAGGAUUUGUUGUUGGAGCUAUUGCAGCGGCAAUCAGCAGUGUUGUGGCAUUUACUGUUUUGCCUUAA